GUGCCACUUUCAGGUCUCCUCACACUGCUGGUGUGUUCCAUUUUUUGUCAUAGGGUGCUGGCAGAUUACGGGCCUCCCAUAGCUGCUGCCAGGCCCCUAAUCUGCCAUGGGCCCCUAUACCGCCUCCUCAUGCUGCUGCCAAGUCCAGAGUCUCUCAUGGGUCCCUGUACGGCCUCCCAUUGCUGCUGUCUCCAUCGCCACACUCUGCCAUGUGCCACUUUCAGGUCUCCUCACACUGCUGGUGGGUUCCAUUUUGUCAUAGGGUUGCUGUAUGGCCUCCCAUUGCUGCUGCCUCCACCGCCACACUGUGGCUCCAAACACUGGUUUUGGCCCCGUGACUGGCCAAAUGAGUGAAGUGUGCGGUGAUUCUAAGAUCGACGGCACUCAUCUGCAUGUCAUACUGACUGACAGUAUUAUUUCUCUUCCCCAGCAGACUCCAAGGGCAUUUAAAUUAAAGGUACAGUGUUCUGCACUAAUAUUA